AUCUAAUCCUGAAACUAGAAUGGAUCGUUGGGCUGGAAAAGUUGCUGUAGUGACCGGCGCAAGCUCCGGAAUCGGUGCCGCUACGGCAAAAUCCUUGGCUAAGGCAGGAAUGACGGUCGUUGGUUUAGCUCGUCGAGUGGAACGAGUAGAAGAAUUGAAGAAAGAGUUGCCUUCAUCGGUACAAGGAUCACUUCAUGCCGUUAAAUGUGAUGUGUCUAAGGAAGAUGAUAUACUUAAAACGUUCAAAUGGAUUGAACAAAAAUUCGGAGGCGUCGAUGUUUUAAUUAACAAUGCAGGUAUUCUACGAGACUGUAGUCUGGUCGAAGCGGAUACCCAAAAAGUUAGAGAAGUACUCGAUACUAAUGUGAUGGGGUUGGUUUUAUGCAGUCGCGAGGCAUUCCAAUCGAUGAAGAAACGCUCAGUAGAUGGCCACAUCGUACACAUUAACAGUAUUGCUGGGCAUCAAGUGCCAAACUUUCCACGUUUAAACAUUUAUCCAGCGUCGAAGCAUGCCGUCACGGCUAUUACGGAAACUAUGAGACAGGAGUUGAAAGCUGAAGGGACGAAAAUUAAAGUAACGAGUAUUAGUCCGGGUGGAGUUAGAACUGAAAUCAUACCCGAGGAAUUUUUAACAGCAGAAAUGCCUAUGCUCGAAUCCGAAGAUAUUGCGGAAGCCGUACUCUAUGUUGUUGGAACACCACCGCAUGUGCAAGUUCACGAACUAACUAUUAAACCGGUAGGAGAAAUGUUUUGA